GUUCACGAGCUAUUUCAAAAUAAUUCAAACGUUUCGCGACUGUUCACCAGCACGGACGUCCAGUAAAGCUCCCAGAAGACUACUUGUUCAAACACUUGGUAGUUCCCCCGAAGACUGUGCCGUUCUCAGAGCUGUUUGUACUAAGGUUCUUGAUUCACAACAGCACACCGUGUGACAGUGGUUCGGUGUUUCUUGGUACGGAAGUGAUUUGUCGAACGAUCAAGCGUAAUUUCCUGUUGCGAAAAGAUCCGGGUACCGAUUCGAGAAGAAAAAGUGUUGCUCGAGGAAACGAGCAGUGCCGGAUAUUGUGACAAGAACAUAUUGUGCGACCAAAAACUAGCCACUAUGAUGGAGAAGGACGCGGAAUCGAUGGCGGUGAACCUGAAGCAGGAUUACGCCGCCAGUGAAGUGUACAGCACUACGAGCGAGGCUCCACCCGCAUACAAAAUCCGCCAGGCCAACUCGGUGAAGAUCGCCAAGAUUGUGUCGGUGACGGUGAUUCUGGCAUCGUUCAUUCUGGGUUCGUUCUUGCUCGCCUCAACCUACCUGCAGGCGAAGCAAUCCUGCGACCAGAUGCAAACCCUAGACGCUGUCCUCAACAAGGAGCUGAUGCUGGAGGCAAUGCAACAGGAACUCCCAAAACCACAAGCCUUGAUGCAAGAACACCUGUCGGCGGAUGAAGCCUCCCUCCAGACCAUCGACCGGGAAGAGAAGCACGACGAAAGCAAGCAACCGGAAAAGGAGAAAAAAGAAUCCGCCGAGAACACCGAUUCUGAGAAUGAAGCAGAAUCAACCAACGAUAGCGAGACAGACGAGAGCGCUGACAUGAAUGGCAACGGGGUACAAAUCAAGCUCCCGUUGGAUCUCAACUUGAGCGAGUUGGCGCAUGCGAUGCUUAAAGAGAACCAGAAGUCCAAGAUGAAUUGCGUUGUUGAACGUCGUCGUUCGGAGGAACUAGUCGAUUCACCAGCCAAAACCAUGCGUCUUCCGUUCGGAAUGGAGAUCAACACCGAUCCCAAGCAGCAUAAGGUCACUGGAGAACGUAUCGCCAUCUUCUGCGAGACCGGAAAUGAACCAAAGAACGAAGACGCCGAACCAGUCCGCCAGAUGUUGAUCCCAAUUCCUCCAGUCCGCACUUUCGGCCCGAUCACUCACCUACCCCAGCAGAUGGCCCCACAGCAAAUCAUUCGUCAGAUGCCUCGUCAAAUUUUCCCAAUCCCAAUCAUGAACCACCAUCACACGCAACAGGUUCCGCCAGUUCCUGCCCAGAUGAUGCAAGCCCCACAUGCCGAAGCACCAAUUAUCCGUCACAACUUCCAGGCUCCACCACAGACACACAUUAUGAUCCAGCCACCACGUCCCCAACAGCCCCAGCCUCAGCCACAGCCACCACAGCCUACAUUCCCUCAGCAGAUGCAACCACCACGUGCCGAAGUGCGAAUUCAGUUCCAGCGUAUCCCAAUCCCGGAAAUGAUUCGACCCUUCCUGCCACCCCAGGUUAUGCGUAACGGACCAGAGCAGCAGGAGGUUCAUGUACGCGAAGUGCCCCUCGAGAUGGCUCUCCAGAAGGUUGGAUUGUCGGCUGAUGAACUGAAAGAUAUCCACGAAAUCGCCGCCCAGAAGUUUACCGAACAACUGAAGCAAUUGAUCGGCGAGAUGGCUGAUUCGGAGGAAAGUGACGAAGAAACCGAUUCGUAUCGUACCACCCCUGCACAGGAACCCGCUUCGCAGCACUCCGAGGAACGGGAACUCCAGGAGCAACAGCCACCGCGUCCACAGCAGGAACCCCAGGAACACCAAAUCCAGCAGCAAAUCCCCGCUGGACCACAGAUUCUGCCGAUGAGCCGUGCCCAGUAUGCCCGUUCGCUGGUAAACCCAAUCAACCUUCCCGGAAAGGUAGUCGAAUCCUCCGUUUCCGAUGAAGAAGCGGAACGUCCACACUACGUCCAGCCCCGGUCAGUCUAAGCGUGUAGAGACACACAAACCAAAACGCGCCCGUGGUCUCAAGCACAAGGCGCGUUUGUUCAUGUGAUUGUAAAUGUUGUGAAGCAAAAAAAAAAGAAACCACAAAAGAUCUGAUGAAAAAUUAAAAAAUUAUACAAGAAAGCGUCACACUUUCAAGCAAUUCGAUAAGUAUUAUACGGCGGCAAGCAGCAAACAAGAGGAAACAAUCAUAUUUCAUUCAGAAUAUUUCUGUCGAAGGCACCAUGUGUAAAUAAUAAACUCCCAAAAAAAAAAUCAAGGAACAUCACCACGUUUGGGAAAAUGGCCGGCGAUAGCAGCAGUAGCAUCAGCAUCAGCAGCGACGGAAGGUUUUCUCGCUGGUAUACAUUGAAGGGUUUCCUAAGUAGUAGUAGUAGUUUAAAGCAACAAGCAAAAUUGUUUAUAAAGUUUUUAAAGCUAAUUUAAAAUCAACGUACAAUUGGGUUAAUGUCAAUCCAGCUAAAUUUUAUGAUUUUGAGAAAAAAAAAUCAAAUAAAGAGGUUUUACUUAUUACAAUA